GGAAACCCGCUGUCAUUUAGCGUUUUCUUUGCCGGAAAAGGCCGUCGUCGAAUUUACUGUAGUAGUUUUCUAAACACGAUAUAAUUUAUCGGAUGUGUUUUCAAUUUAAAUACUUUACGAUAAAGAGAGACUAUAUAGAGUACAUUACUUUGUUCUUUUAUUACUCUGGUUGCCCUGGCCUCGUUUUUGCUCGUCCUCUGUAUUCUUAACACGGCCUUGGCUUAGAUUUCAAUAAUGUAGCUUACGAGCUAAUUUGACCUUCGAUUCUUUUCUUGGUUUAUUUGGUAAACGUUGGAAUAUAACGCUAGUAUGCAUUUAACGAGAAAGUGGUUCUUUUUAAUGCGAUUUGUAAAGUGACCAGCUAUAAUAGCUUAUUUCGGUACUUUUUUUUACUCUUUCUGUUCAUUAUCUGCUCACCUCAUUACAAAUCCGUUAUUAAUCCGAUAAAUGACUUGAAGGAAUAUAUGUGUUUUUAAAAUGCUCUCUUCUGUAAGACUUGCGAGGAACUUUCUUAACCAUUUUCGACUCCCAGUCAAGGGGAAAAUAUUUGCUCACAGCAAAGCAGCGGGUAUGGGUUCAGUAACAACUUUACAGAUGAAGUGUCACAAAAGGACAAGGUGAAAUAGAAACGGGAACUGAACCGCUGUAUUAACAAGACACCGGCUUUACGGAUACACACGAAGAUGUGUGAAGUCAGUGGACAAUAAAACCUGUGACAAUGUUUGUUAUUUAAUAUUAAAUUUGCCGUAUGAUUUGUGUGAGUGGGUACUUGUAUUUUACAGUGGCUGAAAUUCAUAUAUAUUCUUUUUAAGCCACAAGGAAAAUACAUUGUCUCUGUAGAUCUCAAAACGGAUAUGUAAUGUUUUGAUAGCGGUACAGUAAAUUUUUAUUACCCCUGCACACCGCCUGGACCAAUACCAAGAUUUCUACUUUGAUACCGAUACCAGGUUUGGUAUCUCGAUAUCAGUACUAAACUGAUGCCGCCCAAGUGAAUUUUACUGUAUCUAAGUUUGUGUGCCAUCCAGACAUUAUACUGUGGUAAGAACCAUUUUCAAAAGCAGUGCUAUUCCAGUAUAAAAUUUGCUGAAUAGGUUGAUGUCCUCCAUGAUACGAUUCGCCAAGCGAGCUUGGGGGUGGGGGGGGUCUCACAAAACAGUAAAUUUUUGUCUUAGCUUUGCAGCCAAGAAAUACUGUGGUAUACUAUAUUACUGUAAUACCUCCCUAAUGUAAAAUACUCCUAUUUAAGUAUCAUGCUUUGAAAUAAACAGAAUUAAACCAAAAGCAACAGACUUGAAUGAACUUGCUUGUAGGAUGAAUGCGACUUUUAAACAGAAACGCAAAAUGCAAUACCUGCGAAAUUACAGUUUUGGUGUGUGGGUUCACCCUUUUAAUUCGGUUUGCAGCAAAAUUGGACGAUAUCUCACUCCUGCUGUUAUCAGAGAGGGGUGGGUAAUAAGGAUGUAUGGAUUGACACAUGGAUUGAAAUAUCUUUUUUCCAUUUUAAAAAUCAAUUCUAACAUAAAAUCUUUUUCCCUGGUAAUUUAAAUGUUUAUGUGAUUAUGGGGACCAGAACAUGAAUUACUACCAAGAAAGGCGGCCGAUAAAGGGGGUGACACUGUCAGGAUUGGUCCAGCACCAAAUAUCUGUAUCGGGAUCGGCGAUACCAACCUUGGUAGUAGAUUGAAUCAGAUCGAAAAGAAAAUCAGUCGUGACGCACAUCCCUCCCUAGUGGCCAGUACUUGAAGGGGGAAAACAGCUGCUGGUACUCCCCUUGAUAUUCAGUACUAGGCGCUGGUACUCCCCUUGAUAUUCAGUACUAGGCACUGGUACUCCCCUUGAUAUUCAGUACUAGGCGCUGGUACUCCCCAUGAUAUUCAGUACUAGGUGCUGGUACUCCCCUUGAUAUUCAGUACUAAUCUUGUCCCCAGGAUUUUAAAAUACUGUGGUAUACUGUAAUACAGUACUAUCCAAGCCUGGGAACGAGGUUUACCCAUUUCAGUUCUGCGGACUAACGUAGUAUGUCCAUGCAGAAACCAUAACAGCACCCACAAAAGUGAAGUAUGAACUAGCCUUAACACAUCGAUAACCCUAACCGCAAAAAUGUUACCAAUCGAUAACAAAAUUCAUUGUCAACAAUUUGUCAUGUAACGAUUUUUAUUGGUUGUUGCAGCACUGAACUAAAUAAUAGUAUCUGAUUGCAUGGAAGCACUCUGCCAUCAUUCAGUUUCAUGUUAAUAGCAGACAGUGUGCAUAGUGCUUUUAAAUUAGACAGAAGGCUCCAUACGUUAUCCAUCCAUUUUCCAAAGCGCUUAUCCUACUGGGUUGUGGGGGGUCCGGAGCCUAUCCCGGAAGCAAUGGGCACGAGGCAGGGAACAACCCAGGAUGGGGGGCCAGCCCAUCACAGGGCACAAUCACACACCAUUCACUCACACAUACACACCUAUGGGCAAUUUAGUAACUUCAAUUAGCCUCAGCAUGUUUUUGGACUGUGGGGGGGGGAACCGGAGUACCCGGAGGAAACCCCACGACGACAUGGGGAGAACAUGCAAACUCCACACACAUGUGACCCAGGUGGAGACUCGAACCCGGGUCCCAGAGGUGUGAGGCAAAAGUGCUAACCACUGCACCACCAUAUGUUAUAAAGACUGCAUUCACUUAAUGAAUGGAGAACUACCACAGUAUCUUUCAUGACAACAGACCAAAAGCAAAAUAUUGCUUGUGUUUGGACGAUUUUCAGGUAAAUGGUGUGCAGGUCAAAGCUCAAACCACAUUUCAGUUUUUAGUACUAUUGCAUUGACAGUGUCACAUAUUGUGCCUGAAGGUUGUAAAAUAUUAACUUAACACACCUUCAAAAGACAAGUUAAAACAGGAGGCAUUGAACCUAAAAACAGUCACGUCAAGAAUGUCUGUAGUGGGAAGUUUGAGUCCUUCUUCAAUACGGAAUUUAAUCCGCACAAAGGCUUAUGGUUUUGACACUACCUCUGGUCUGGCUUUAGGGUACCAGCAAGCAAAUGUGGUGAUCCUGCACAAGACCCUGGCCAAUGACUUUGAAGCAUUCUGCAAUGUCAACCGAGGCCCCCUCCCCCUCCUGUACCGGAGUAAUCCUGGAGAGUGGGGCUGCCCCCUGCUGGCAAAGAACGUGGACAUCAGACUGGACUGUCCCCAAUACUGUGUGUUUGAGGAUGGCCUCAUGGUGGCCAAGGUGUCCAGUCUGAUGUCAUACACACUGCAGCUCCAAGACAUGGUUACUUUCUACUUGGGCUGCAGUUUCAGCUUUCAGCAGAUCCUGAAAGAUGCUGGAGUCCCAGUUCGGAAUGUGGAGCAGAACUGCAAUGUCAGCAUGUACAGGACCUCAGUGCCGUGUGUGGGAGUGGGCCAGUUCCGCUGCCCGUUGGUGGUGACGAUGCUGCCUGUGCCCAGGGAGAAGUUGGACGCUGCUUCGCAAGCCACACACCUAGCUCCGCUGGCACACGGGGCACCCAUACACAUUGGGGACCCAGCUCUACUCGGGAUACGGGAUCUGUCCCGGCCGGAGUACGGCGACGCGGUGGACUCUGUUCCAGGCGAUGUCUCUGUCUUCUGGGCUUGUGGGGUGACUGGUGUUGAAGCCAUCAAGAGCUGCAAAUCCCCGCUGGCGUUUUCCCAUUCACCCGGCUGCAUGUUCCUCAGCGAUCUGGAGACCUUGUCCACUGCACCUACUUCUGACCCCAAGCAAUGUGCCCAGACUUUCUGCAUCUCCGAGAAGCUGCCACACUACAGCCUGGUGUCCAAAGCAGCCGCCCAACAGAUCCAAGACCUGGAGCAACUCAUCGGAGAAGACCCAGGACAGAGGGGUAUCCAGGCCCUCUUCAUCCAGGAUGAGCUCCUAAAGUCCUGCUUGUCCUUGUCUCACGCCUCCUCUGUGCUCAUCACCACGGGCUUUCCUACCCACUUCCAACACGACCCCCCCGAGGAGACGGACGGCCCCCCCGGUGCCGUGGCCAUGGUAGCCAUGCUGCAGGCCCUCAAGAAGGACGUGGCCAUCUUAACAGACCACCGCGCCCUGGACAUGCACCGAGGCAUCAUGGAGGAUGCCAUGAAGAAGGGUAUAAUAAAGACUGAAGUACCUCUACUCAGCUUCCAAAAAACAUCCUCGGAAUCUGCACUCCACUUCCUGUGCCACGAUGGGGACCCUGCGAAGCCCAGGUUUGACCACUUGGUGGCGAUAGAACGUAGCGGCAGAGCAGCAGAUGGAAACUAUUACAACAUGAGGGGGAUAAACAUCAAGCACCUGGUGGACCCUAUAGACGACCUCUUUUUAACAGCCAGCUCCAUCCCAGGGAUUAGCACCACAGGGAUAGGGGAUGGGGGCAACGAGCUGGGCAUGGGGAAGGUGAAGGACGCCGUGAGGAUGUACAUGCCUAAGGGGAGCCUCAUUGCCUGUGACGUGGCCGCCGAUUUUGCCAUCACUGCAGGCGUGUCGAACUGGGGCGGAUAUGCAGUAGCCUGUGGUCUGUACAUCCUCAGUCUCUGUCCGGUCCAUGAGAGGUACCUCCGGAAGGGUCUGGGGACUCCACCCUCCCCAGACCAGCAGGAGAUCUGGGCGGCCAGCCUUCCCACAGUUGAUAAGGAGGAGGGCUUCUUGUCCAUCUUGGUGAAGUAUGGUGUCCGCAGUGGCAAAACGGCAAACCUGGGCCUGGAGGUGGACGGGCUGCCCUUCCAUCCCACCCACGCCACCAUCAUACAAAAGAUGCGAGACAUUACCUAUUUCCCCCACCCACCGCUAGCUUGAAAUACAUGCUAAAACUACUCUGACCUCAGACCCCUAGUAAUAAUACUGAGCAGACGUUUAGACCAGAGAUGAAACACUCUACUAAAGUCACACUAACAACAGUCACACUAACAAAAAACAAAUAUUGAACUCUCAUUCAGAUUCGUUCUACCUGCUCAGUGCAAGAAUCAGAAAAUCAGCUUCUGGAAGAGAAGUGAAUUUGCAAGGCAUUUCUAAAACAACGUUGACCCCUGAAUUGCUAGACCAGUCUGGUGUGGCAUGGGUGGGGUUGACCCCACCGUUUUACUGAAGUGCAAAAUGGAGGAAGGUACUUAUUUUAUGUACAUUUGCUCUGUUAUGACAAGAAUUUUUUUAUAAUAAAAAACACUGUUGGAGGUGAACUCAUUUGUGCUGUUAUGACAGGAAAUAACCAGUGUAUUAUCACUUUUUAUCACUAAUGCAUACUUGCAAACCAGUAAUGUCAAUUCUAGUUUGUAGUACAUCACUAGCUAGCAUGAUUGUCGCAUAUCUUGCCAUAUUGUGCAUCGCUAUUCUAGAAUCCCCUACGAUAUAAUUCACGAUUGAAAAUACCAAAGUAUACCCAAUCUACAGUGGUAUGCUGUAUUAUCUGGUCAUGCCAUUUUUGCUUUACUUUGCAAAGACACUAGAUAUUUUUGACACUAGUGUGAUCAUAUCUUAAGCCAUUUGCUGAUAUGUCAUCUUUUUUUGUCACUCGAAGUGCCACAGUAUCACUGUUUCCCUUCUGCGAAUUUGGUAGAAUUUAGCAGAAGCACCAUUUUCAAGACAUGGGAAGACUCCAUUCCUCACCCUAAAUGUGUACUAAUAAAAAGUAACCCUAACAAAACCAAA